GCAUUGUCAAGCGUCGUCACGUUGUCCUUUGCAUUCGUAAAGGGUCUGCGCCAUGGCCAACUACACGUACGAUACGAAAUGGCAGUCGGCUAUGACCGAGCUCAACGAGCAAGUGCACAUUGAAGACCACACGCUGGAUGUGGAGGAAGGCCAGGAUGUGUCUCCGCCGCCCGAAGUGUCCAUGCUGGAAGCGUUCCAGCACUAUGCAUGUCUGUAUAUCAAAUACGUUCAAAUCUUCACCAACCUCGAAGAGUGCUACGACCAAAUGGUGCAUCCACAAAAGCGCAUUGACGUCAAGCAGAUCAUGGAGUUGGUGAUGACGCGCGUGGUAGAGCUCAAACACGACCUGGUCAAGUGGAACCCGCCUAACCCGGACGUGCGCACCACCCCUGAACGCAACUUUCCAUGGGAGUAUGUCAACUUGGACGACCUUUUGGUUGACUUGAAGCUGCCGCCGAGUCUCUUGGAGGUGCCCGUGCCCAAGUACUUUGUGGAAGACAGCAGCUCGGACCUCAAGAAACGAGAUCGGCUCGUAAAAGGGUACAUGAAGCUCAAACUUGGCGUGGAUUCGUUGCCGGUGGAAAUCACGGAAGAGAACGUGUCCCUGACCGACACUAUGUCGUUGGAGGAAGCGAUUCAAGUGAUCCAACGCAACGAACGCGGACGUCAAGGCAAACAGCGCGGGUCCCUUGUUCGUGAACUGCGCGAGGAGGAGAAGCAGCGCCGCCUGUACGACAACGCCCAGACGCCCGAGAUGGAGCCCGAGCUGGCCGCGGCCAACAUCCAGCGCGUGUUCCGGGGCCACAAUUCCCGCGGCAAGGCCACAAUCGAGCGCGACGAGGAGCUCGUGUUCAUCGGGAUGAAGCCCCCCAAGAACGACAAGGCGGUGGCGUUGGAAAUGGAGCUGGCGCUGGCUAAAAUCCGCCGCAAAACGCAGCAAACGGACAACAAGGAAGAGUACGAGCGGUCGCUCACCGACGUCCACGAGACGGUGAAAAACGAAGAAGGGCCGUUUAUGAAGGAAAAAAUGCUGGAGGAGCGACGCAAAUGGAUCACGGACGUGAUGGCUCAAGGCCAGCUGCCUGAGGACAUGGUGGGGUACUACUUGAUGAUUAACCCGCCGCCCGUGGACGCAGAACCCAAAGACGAGGACGAGGGCAAGGGCAAGAAAGGUGACAAAGGCAAGAAGGGGGACAAGGGCAAGAAGGGUGACAAGGGCAAGAAAGGGGAGAAGAAAGGCGAGAAAGGCAAGAAGGGCGCGGCGGAAGAAGAGGAAGAGGAGAAGCCGGAGCGACCGCCGCCGCUCACGGGCCCGUCCGAGCUCUGCACCAAGCUGGCGGGGGGCGUGAACGCUUUCGAAAGCGUGUGGCUCGAACGCGACGAAAGCGACAACUUUCAGCAAAAGUACGACAUUGAUUUGGCCAAGGAUGUCGUGCGCGGCCCGGUCGAGUGCCAAGUCCGGCAACAAGUGGACGAAAUGCUCGUGUUGCAGCUGUCCAACAUCAAGGCGCAAUUGGAAGCCGCGGCGGCGGGGAAGAAGGGCAAAAAAGGCAAAAAGGGCAAGAAGGGUAAGAAGGGAAAGAAAGGAAAGAAAGACAAAAAGGGCAAGAAGGGCAAACCCCUUCCAGGGGAUAAGAUCGCCGAGCUCAAAGGCCGGACACCCGACACGAUGCUGGCCAUCCUCGUCGAGCAAAAGCUCGUCAACAACGUCACGCCGUGCGCCGUGACCGAUUUCAUCGGCGAGUAUAACUACCUCGGCACGGUUUACCAGAGCUCGGACCGCCGCGACCGCUACGGCAACUGGGUCCCCCAAGACCCGUCCGCGGCCCAACUUCGGGCGGCGAUCGUCGAGUAUUGCGUGCUACCGCUAGGGUCGUUGCCCGUUCGCACCAAGGUGAAGCACGUCCGAUCAAUUCUAUUCUAUGGCCCCAAAGGCUCGGGCAAGACCAUGAUGGCCCAGGCGAUUGCGCAUGCGACGGGGGCGCUGUUCUUCAACAUGUCGGCGUCCAACUUGGUGGGCAAGUUCCCAGGCAAGAACGGACCGACCAAGGCCAUUCACAUGGUGUGGAUGCUGGCCAAGUCGAUGCAGCCGGCCGUGAUCUACAUUGACGAAUGCGAGCAGAUCUUUGCACCCGGCAAGAAGAAGGCGGCGGACGGCCCCACGGGGUACCGUAAGGACCUGCUCACGUACUUGAAGUCGAUGGACAUCAACGACCGCGUGCUCGUGAUCGGCACGUCGUCCAACCCGAUGGGGGGCGAAGUAAAAGACUUCAAGGCGUUCUUUGACAAGUUCUUGUACUUUCCGUACCCAGACUACCCGUCGCGGGUGCUAUUGUGGCGCGCCACGAUCCAGAACACGAUCCAACACCACUCGUCGUCGGGGUCGCCGCCGCGAAUCCCAGACGAACUAGACACGAGCACCCUGGCGCACAUUUCCGAAGGCUUUUCGUCCGGAUCGAUUCGACGCGCAGUCGAAAACACGCUGUCGGCGCGCCGCGUCGAGCGCAUGGAAAAGCGACCGCUCAAAGAAGACGAGUUCAUCGGGGCGUUGGCGCGGCAGACGGCGACCUUCGCGGACGACCACGAAAAGUUCAAGAACUUCACAGCGCAAGUGACAGGGCUCAAGGAAACCCGCGACGCCAUUCGAAAGGCGCUGGCCGGGGACGCCGAAGGCGCCGACGAAAAGGGAAAAGACAAGAAGGGGGGCAAGAAAGGGGGCAAGAAGGGGAAAAAGUAGGGCGUUAAAACAUGGGGACUGUUUUGUUGUUGCCUA